GCUAACUGUCGCUCACCUGGUGAUUUAUAUCAUGGUCUUAAAAUCGGUAAUAACUACACACACGGAAAAACAGUUCGAUACUCUUGUAACCUUGGGUACACACUUGAAGGCGAGGCUGAACUGACUUGUGUAGAUGGAAGAUGGAACACUGUCACUCCCGAGUGUAAAGGUAAGCGUUCAUUCUUGUUUUCCAUUUCCAAAAUAAAAGCUUGUGUUGAUUUUGGAAUUUAAUGAUAUUUGCAACUUUGCAACUUUUUAAAUGACGUGGCAAAUUUUGGUAAUGGCUGCAAAAUGAAUUAUAUAGCCCGCAAAUUUGAACUGGUAAUAGAAGAAUUAGCUCGGGAGCGUUUAUUCAAGUUGCAGGCUAAAGCUUUACUUGAUACCCUGCAAUCUUCAUUUCUUGUAUUGCUUUAUUAUAUGUAAACGACAAAAGCUAAAAAAUUAACCACACUUUAAUUAAUACGAUAGCUGUUGAGUGCGGUGAUCCUGGCAAACCGACAAAUGGAGAGCAGAUUGUCAAGAAAGGCUACGUCUAUGGUGGAUCAGUCAAGUUUGUUUGUGACAAGAAUUACACUCUAGUGGGGACUGAUGUCAUAUACUGUCAAGCUAAUAGGAGUUGGAGUUCCUCUGUUCCAAGUUGCUUAGGUUAGUUUCAUGGGUGUGCGGAGAGACUCGAUUAAGGAGAAUUAAGGACACUAGUCUCACUAUUUUUUUUUUAAAUACUACUGAAAAUUUGAAGGUAAAGUUCGAUUUGAUGAUGGUCGAAGACAUUUAAUUUCUGUAGUAUAGGGGUAGGAAAUUAGGGCUUUUAAUCAAUCCGUGAUCUAGUUAAUUAUUGUUCGAACAAUUUUAUUUAGAGAACUCGUACUGCAGUAACGAAACAAUUGAGACAAGCAAUAUAUUUGAAUUAUAUAUGAAUUUGUGUCAUAAAAAAUGUUGCCUUACAGUCUUUUUUCUCUUGUUAAAGCUGACUGUCGAUCGCCUGGUGAUAUAAAUCAUGGCCUUAAAAUCGGCAAUAACUAC